AUGAAUGCGCACGCGAGGGGGCCCCCCGAGGCCCACGCUGCUGCAGUGCGUGCUGCUGCUGCUGCUGCUGCUGCUGCUGCUGCUGCAGCAACUGCAGCAGCAGCAGACCCCGACAAAAAGCUGCUGCACGCAGCAGACUGGGCAGCAAGGGACUUCAACACUGUGGGGCCCCCCGGGGGCCCCUCGCCCCUCACGGACUUGUCUUCUUUGCUGCAGCAGCUGCAGCAGCCGCAGCAGCAGCAGCAGCAGCAGCAGCAGCAGCUGCUGCAGCACAAGCUGCUGCUGCCCGGGGGGCCCCAGUUUUCAGGACUUUUGGCGCAGCUGAAUUUCCCUUCUUUUGGAUCUAUUAAUAUAAUUCACGGAAACAUUUUAGAACCCCUUUUAGGACAGCAGCAGCAGCAGCAGCAGCAGCAGCAGCAGCAGCAGCAGCAGCAGCAGCGGCGACUGCAGCAGCAGCAGCUGGUUGCAGACUGCACUGUGGUGCCCGUACCGCCAAACAUGAUUCCUUACAGAGGGCUCGCAACAUUUGAAGAGUAUCCUGAAGAAAGUCGAGCUUACCUGCAAAGAGUUGCGGCGGAAGAAAGAAGGCAGCUGCAGCCAGAGGGCAGCAGCGGGGAAGCAGCAAGGCGCCUUAGUCACUGUUUUAGGGUUUGUUUGAAGCAGCUAAAUCAGUUAAAUGUCAAAACCCUAAUUGUCCCUUUUGUGGGGUUGGGGGUUUACGGAUUCGAGCCAAAGAGAGCAGCCCACACUCUCAUUCAAGCAGCCAUCGAAGAAAUGCUCCAGGCAGAUGCAACAAACCCUCACUACAGCCUCAGCCGCGUGGACUUCGUCGAAAAAGAAAUUUUAAAUUCUUUUAAGUUGGCGGAGGCGCUGAAGGACUUGGAGGCUCUUUUCUGUUUUGAAAAACAAGUUACAACAGCCCCCCAGUAUUACAGCCAGCAGCAGCGGCGGCUGCUGCAGAUUUCAGACUCUCUUCUUUACUUUUGCAAAAGACACACGAGGGUUUCUUUUAAAAAGCACCACGGCGUGAUUCGCCGGCAGAAGAAAAACUACUUUUCAAAUAUAAGGCCUUUCAUGUGGAGAGCCUCGAGGGUUUUGCAGCCUCCGCCUUUCUUGGUGUUGAAGCACAGCGGCGAGGCUGCGGAGCAGCAGCUGUCGCCGCGGCUGCUGUUCUUAAGAGGGGUUUCUCAUUUCGAGGGUGCAGCGCUGCUGCAGCAAAGCUGCGUGCUGCAGCAGCAGCAGCAGCAGCAGCAGCAGAGAGCGCCACAGCAGCAGCAAGGGGUCCCGCAGCAGCAGCAGCAGUGGGCCUGA